AUGGCCACCCAAACCGCCCUCGCUCUCACCACCGUCGGCAAGCCGUUGACACUGAUAUCUCUCCCGGGACCGGAAUCGGUGGAGCUCAAGGGCAAUGAAGUCCUCAUCAAGGUCAGCGCUGUGGGUCUUGCGCCACUCGAUCAAAAGAUCCGAGACCUAGGCUACUUCAACAUCGGCGACAAACUGCCCGCGGUACUGGGCGGAGAUGUCGUUGGCAUCGUCGUCAAGACUGGCUCGGAAGUUUCUUUUCCUGUGGGAGCGCUAGUCUUCUCACAGAUUCAAUUUCAUCGUCCCGCUGGUGGCGGGCUGCAAGAAUACACGGUGGUCAAUGGCCUCUACACUGCAAUUGUUCCCCAAGGAAUCAGUGCGACCGAAGCAGCCUUGUACCCCAUCAACGCCGUGACCUCUGCGCUCGCGCUGUUCUCUUCCGACGGGUUUGGCUUUCCCUUCCCCGGCAGCGCCGAAUCGGCCAAUUUCGACUAUGCGAGCCAGAAGAUUGUCGUGAUCGGAGGAGGUUCGAACACGGGGAAGCUGGCCAUCCAACUGGCACGCGUUGCUGGGGUGGGCACCAUCGUGGCCGUGGCGUCGCCGUCGAACACUGCGGAGCUGAAGGGAUACGGGGCAACACACGUGGUUGCUCGCCAGGACGAAGACAUCCGGGGCCAAGUUCGUGCAAUCGUCGGGGACGACCUGCUGUACGUCUACGACACGGUCAACUUUGGAGACUACAGUCUCGCCGUGUCUCUGCUCUCCGACGUGAACCAGGGCACCGUGGUCCAUCUGCUGCCUGGUGGCAAUGUGAGCGAUGCUGCCGCGGCGCAGAACAAGGUAGCAGGCGUUCACGACAAGCCCAUUGCAGGCUUCUCGCACAAAAUCCCCGAGGUUGGCCGCCUGUUUUGGAAGGAGUUUCCCGCCUGGAUGGCCCGGGGGGAGAUCAAACCCAUCAAGUAUCACGUCAUUGAGGGAUUGGACGCAGACGCCGUAAAUGCCGCUCUCGACGAGUACAAGGCCGGGAGGGGUGGGGAUCGGUAUCAUGUGAAGCUUUAG